GCAUCGCUGCUCCGGAGGUUUCAGAGUACGUUAGUCAUAGCAGAACACAACAAUGAUACUCUUACACCCAUUACACUAAAUACUAUCACUGCGGCGAAACGUCUUGGAGGUGAAGUUUCUUGUUUAGUAGCUGGUACCAGCUGUGACAAGGUAGCACAAGAACUCAGCGAAGUGCAGGGUGUUGCAAAAGUUCUAGUGGCUCAGCAUGAUGUAUACAAGGGAUUUCUAGCAGAGGAGCUGACUCCCUUGAUUUUGGAAACUCAUAAAAAAUUUAAUUACACCCACAUUUGCGCUGGAGCAUCUGCCUUUGGGAAGAAUCUUAUUCCCAGAGUGGCUGGCAAACUUGAUGUUGCCCCCGUUUCUGACAUUAUUGAAAUUCAGUCACCAGACACUUUUGUGAGAACUAUCUAUGCAGGAAAUAUUCUUUGCACUGUGCAAUGUGAUGAAGCGAUUAAAGUAUUUACUGUACGGGGAACUUCUUUUGAGGCUGCACCAACAAGUGGUGGUAGUGCCAGUUUAGAAAAGU